AUGGCUGCUUCAGGAAUCGCCGUUGGCAUUAACAAGGGUCAUAUCACUACUCGUCGUGAACUCAAGGCCAAGCCUUCCAACAAGAUUGGUGCCGCUUCCAAGCGUACUGUCUUUGUUAAGAGCGUCAUCCGUGAAGUUUCCGGUUAUGCUCCUUAUGAACGUCGUCUUAUGGAAUUGAUCAAGAACUCCAAGGAUAAGCGUGCUAGAAAGCUCUGCAAGAAGAAGCUCGGUUCUUUCCUCCGUGCUAAGAAGAAGAUCGAAGAACUUCAAGGUGUUAUUGCCGCUUCUCGUCGUCAUUAG